CAAAAAGAACCCCAAAAAGCUCCUUCAGGGCAAGAGAAACAUAUUCAACCCGUUGCAGCUCCGAUUCCUUUGAUUCCAAACGCAUCUACAAGCUCUGAAAAUCCUCAAAAUCAGAAGAAAGAUGUAACUUUGGCUCAAGUCUUCAAGAGAAACAAAAUGCGGCACGAUUACGUGAAGAAUGCAAAUUGGAGGCCUCCAACGACUGUCGGAGAAUCUAUUCGUGAGUGCAACCAUUGGGUCACACAAUCAAAGAUAAAGCUCAGGGACUACAUUUACAGCAUCGUGAACGAAGGAUAUGAUUUGAUCAGGAACAUUGAGACGAAUUUGCGUUGGCAAGCAGAAAUCUACGAAUUCCACUCCAGGAAUGGCGUCAUGUUCAGUCAAAUGAAUGAUCUCCUGGACAUUGCUCUCUACAGCACGGCUCCGUACAACAAACGAGUCAGAACUGGGGGACGUAAGAGCUACAACAAACGACACCAAACUGGAAAUCGAGGCUACAACUACUUUUAGGAAACUACUUCAAUUUUAAGUGCUUCAAAAAACGCAGUGAAGAGCCCAGGAACAGAAUUGAAAAUCGAAUGAAUCGAUUUCAAAAUGAAAUUUGUGAUAUUUUAUGAAAUAUUUUUCAGAAAGAAUUCCAUCGUGAAAUGGUUUUAAAAAUCUGUAAUAAUAAACUUUAUCAGUAAAAAGUUUAUAGAAGAAAUUGAACAUCUUUGGUUCUGUAAGAUCUGUAACAGAAAUUGAAUAUAAAUAAGUGGAAAAAAUGAAUUUUAAGUCUUUU